AAAAGACCCGUCUCCGUCUCCGACAAUGACUACCGGUGACCAGAGCAAGAAGAGAAAGCAGCGUUAUCUCCCUCAGAAUAGACCAGCGAAGAAGAAGGGAGCUUACCCUUUAAAGCCAGGGGUACAAGGUUUCUUCAUCUCCUGCGAUGGCGGACGCGAGUUCCAAGCUUCUCAGGAAGCUAUUAACGUCAUUGAUUCCUUUUUUGAGGAGCUAAUGCAUGGGACGGGCUUGAAAAUGAACUCUUAUGGGUUGCUUGAGAACCCUGUAAACAAAAAGGUUACAUUUUCGUAUAGUGACGAUGAGGAUGAAGAUGAGAGUAAUAAUGGCGAGGAAGAGGGAAAUAAAGGGGAUGGAGAUAAGACAGAAGUGAGUGAAGGCGGUAAAGAGGAACAUAAAGAGGUUGAGGAUAAGACAGAACUGAGUGAAGGAGGUGGGGAUAAGACAGAAGUGAGUGAAGUUGGGAAUAAUCAAGUGAAUGAGAAAGAAAUAGCAAGUGAAGGUUCAUGUGAAGUCAAACAAUUGGCAGAAACUAAGAAUGAGAAGGAAGAAGAAGAAGAAGUGAAAGAAAAGAACGGUGUUGAAGAACCUCCAAGAAAGAAGACAUGUAUAGAAGAAGCAAGUGAAUCAACAAAAGUAAAUGGGAAUGCAGAGAAGUCUAUUGAUAAGCUGAUUGAUGCUGAACUAAAAGAGCUCGGAGACAAGAGUAAGAGACGGUUUAUGAAGUUAGACCCGGGUUGCAACGGUAUUGCCUUCAUCCAAAUGAAGAGGAGAGAUGGUGACCCAAGUCCUAAAGAUAUCGUACAACAUGGAUUGACUUCUGCUGCUGCAACAAAAAAACAUAUGUCAAGGUUCAUUCUAAGACUUGUGCCAAUUGAAGUGUCGUGUUAUCCUUCAGAGGAAGAUAUUUCAAGAGCUAUCAAGCCUCUUGUAGAACAGUAUUUUCCCGUUGAGACUGAUAACCCCCGGAAAUUUGCUGUGUUGUUUGGAGCGCGUGCAAACACAGGCGUUGAUAGGAUGAAAGUAAUAAACACGGUGGCCAAAUCUAUACCUGCCCCUCACAAAGUUGAUUUGAGCAAUCCAGAGAUGUCGAUCGUGGUUGAAAUUGUUAAGACAGUAUGCUUAAUUGGGGUGGUAGAGAAGUACAAGGAGCUGGCAAAGUACAAUCUCAGGCAGCUCACGUCGACCAAUUGACAAUCUCAUUUUCUGUUUUGUCUCUCAAGAGUCCAAGACUAAGAUGCUUUGUAUUUACUCGUGGUGUUAUAGAUUAUUCUGGCUUAUAAAGCACUAGUGAUUAGUUAGAUCAUUUGUCUGAUCAAUAAAAUUUUCUCUUUGACGAAGCUUGGCCGUCUAUCAGCAUAGAACAUGUUUGGUUCAACACAAUAACUGAGGCUUGAUUUUGUUGAAUGGUGUCUCAAC